UUCACGUAUCCUCGGCAUGGAGGCUGAGGAGGCUGAGGCAACUUCGGAGGAAGGGCCGUUGGACGCGCCAAACCCGAAAACAGAGGCGGAGGAGGAGCCGGAGGAACGCGAAGAAGCAGCUUGCAGCCAGAAGCGGGUGGUGCCGGGCAUCGUGUACUUGGGCCACGUUCCGCCGCGCUUCCGGCCCCUGCACGUCCGCAACCUGCUCAGCGCCUAUGGCGAGGUCGGGCGCGUUUUCUUCCAGGCGGAGGACCAGUUCGUGAGACGCAAGAAAAAGGCGGCGGCAGCCUCCGGAGGGAAGAAGCGGUCCAGGUACAGCAAGGACUACACCGAGGGCUGGGUGGAGUUCCGCGACAAGCGCGUGGCCAAGCGGGUGGCGGCCAGCCUGCACAACACUCCCAUGGGCACCCGCCGGCGCAGCCCCUUCCGGUACGACCUGUGGAACCUCAAGUACCUGCACCGGUUUACCUGGUCCCACCUCAGUGAACACCUGGCCUUUGAGCGCCAGGUGCGACGCCAGCGCCUGAGAGCAGAGGUGGCCCAGGCCAAGCGCGAGACGGACUUCUAUCUCCGGAGUGUGGAGCGGGGACAGCGCUUCCUUGCCGCCGACGGGGAUCCUACCCGCCCCGACGGCUCCUGGGCGUUUGCCCAGCGACCCACGGAACAGGAGCUGAGGGCGCGCAAAGCCGCGCGGCCAGGGGGGCGUGAACGGGCCCGCCUGGCCACAGUCCAGGACCAGGCCCGCUCCAACCGAGGCCUCCUUGCCAGAAUCUUUGGAGCCCCACCACCCUCGGACAGUAGGGAGGAACCUUCCCGGGCCAGGGACUCGUGAGGCCGAGGAGGCCGGUCACCUCCCGUGGCCGCUCUGCUUCCUGUCCACCUCGUGCUGGAAUGACACCGACACCCAGGCAAACGUUUUCAGCCCGUUUCUGAGACCAGGAGGCUCGGGUCAAGCCCAGACAUGGAAGUUUUGAGGACCUCCCCUCCUCUUUUGCCCUGUAACUGCCUGCCUCCGACACCUUAUUCGUGUUAUUAGGAUAGUUUUGACUAUUGCUGAUGUCUGCUUGAUUUGGUAGCCUUCCUCUUGUUUAGUAGGGUCCCUUAAAAAUGCCACUUUUUUGGCCCAGGAAUGGCCUUUAUAUGUAGCUAGAGUGGAAAUGGAUAGUUCAGGCAGUCUUGUUCUGUUUACUGAGCAGCAUCAUUUUAUUUAGGAAAACAGAUAUGAAUUACUGGGUUAUGUUUGGAUUAGGAACCUCCUCCCUAAUGUAUUUAUAGGAAAAAAAAUGCUUUUAUUUUUAAGGAUGAGAGUCAUUUGGCAGAUUCCAAUUUUCAUUUUGUGUUGCAUUCACUGACCUUCACUCCACCUCCUUGUCUCAAAGCCUUCAUCCAACCUAGAUCCUUUUUUCUUUCUCUGUUUAGUUCUUUAGCCUAGAACAUUUAUUAAACCACAGUGAGAGACAGUGACAAUGGGAGAUAAUGACCUUGGUGGUAAGAGUCUGACAGAUCACUGGAAUAAGAUAGAUGAACAUCAUGGUAGAAGCAUAUAAGGGAUAGAGUGGGGCUAGGGCAGGAUAUGGAGUGCUCUCAGUGUGGAGGUGAUUUCUGAUCACCUGCAGCGGAGGGUCAGUCUUCAUGUCUCCCCAAGGUCAAAUUGGGAAAAUGGCAGAGCAGAAUUCUGAAUGAGUCUUGUUUGCACCUACAGUUCAGACUGCUUCAUAGAUAGAGUGUUGGGGCAAACCAUUGUAAAGGACAGAGCUUGGAGGGAAGUUGGGAUCAAAGAUCUCUCAAGUGCACUUACAUGUGUGUUGAGGCUCUGAGGGAUUCACAAAUACAUGCAGAGCAGCCCUGAUUACUUCAAAGAAUCAGGAUGAAUCAUCAAAAUGAACUGCAAACUUGGGUGUCACAAUACACUGAAGUCUAUACUCAGUCUCAGAUUAAAAUAUUAUUAUCCAGCAGGAAGUCUUUGUCAAGUGUGAUUAUAAUUUGGUUUUGCUUGUGCUUUUUCUUUAGUUCUUGGAACCCCACCCCCCAUUAAUGUAAUUAUCCUUGUUUUUUGGAGUGGAGUGGAUUCAUCCACUUCUUUGGUUGUAAAAUGGACAUUAUGAUCUUACUUGAAAGUGUGCUUUAUUAGGAAAGUAAAAAUGACCCUAUGGUGAGCUUGGUA